AUCGUAUUAUACAAUGUGUGUCACUCUUCAAAUGUUUGUGUAUUUCAUUUGACUCUCAGUUUGUGUUUGCGUUACAAGUCUUGGGAUUCACUGGAAGUGAUGGGAGGCUUCGGAUCCAAACCCAAAGACAAGACCAAACACCCGGAGGUGGGCGCCGGCGGUGACAUCACUGAGGAAGAGGUGGCCAAAGCCUUGACGACCACUUCAUACGACCCGCGCUUUCCCAACCAAAACCAGACCCGCAAUUGUUACCAAAACUAUUUGGAUUAUCAUCGAUGCCUCAAAGUCAAGGACAACGACGAGGACUUCUGCGGGUGGUAUAAGUGGGCCUAUACUCAGCUCUGCCCUAAAGCCUGGAUCAGACGGACAAAUGGGACGAUCAGAGAGACGGAGGAAUAUUUGCCGGAAGAAUAUGAUUGA